AUGAAAACCAUCAGUUGGAACUGCAGAGGGUUGGGGAGCCCUCGAGCAGUUCGAAGUCUUGCGAGACUUCUCAAGGUAGAAAAUCCCCAUCUUGUCUUCCUUAUGGAAACAAGAUUGAAAUCGGAAGAGAUGUUACAACUAAAGAGAAAAUUUAAUUUCAACUUUGGUGUUACUGUUGACUGUAGUGGUGAUGGGAGGGAUAGAGCCGGUGGGUUAUGUUUGUGGUGGAAUGAGGAUUUGGACAUCAAUAUAAAUUCCUACUCCCAAAAUCAUAUAGCAGGUAAGUGCCUUAGUGAGGAUGGUGAUGAGGACUGGUUUUUUGCUGGGAUUUAUGGUUAUCCAGAUGAAGCCAGGAAAUUGGAAACUUGGAAUCUGAUUCAUGCUCUUAAAGAUGAAGGGGGUUCUAAAACUAUCUUCUUUGGUGACCUAAAUGAUACUAUUACUGAAGCAGACAAGCUGGGGGGAAUCAGCAGAACACCGUCACAGUUACAGAGAGGGAGAAAUACUAUGGAUACUUGUGGACUGCAGGAAGUGGCUUUCGAAGGAUAUCCAUUCACGUGGACGAACGGGAGAGUAGGGAGUGAAAAUAUCCAAUGCCGACUUGAUAAAAGCUUGACCUCGUUUGAGUUUUUGCAGAGGUUUCCUCUCACUAGAGUUUUCCACCUCGAUCGUUAUGGCUCCGACCAUGCUGCGUUGCGGAUUGUUAUACAACGAGAAGACGAGACUGUCAGAAGGAGAUACUUGUUCCGGUUCGAGGAAGCCUGGACCAAGGAGGGGCGAUGUGGGGAUUUAAUCAAGGUUUUAUGGAGAAGAAACUCAGGACCUCUCCCUAAACAGAUCAGUUCUAUGCAGGAACUUCAGUACGAAUUCAAGGACCUGCGAACCAACAACAUAAGGAAAGAGAUUUUGCGGCUGGAGGAGCUCAUCAAAACAGAUAAACAAUGGUCAGGGGAUCCUGUGGAAAUUCAGGAGUAUAAAGCUAUUGAAAGUCAAAGAGAUAGACUGCUGAGAAUAGAGGAGACCCUUUGGAGACAGAGAAGUAGAGCAGUGUGGCUUAGAGACGGAGAUAGAAAUACCAAAUUUUUCCACCUUAAAGCGGAUCAAAGGAGGAAGACUAAUCAGAUUAAGAGGUUGAAGGACAAAGACGGCAAGUGGAUGCGGGGGAAGGAAAAUUGUGAGAGAAUUCUGGUUUCUUAUUUUAAAGAUAUUUUUACCUCUUCCAAUCCUACAAAUACGAGUGAGGUUUGUAAUUCUAUCCGCCGGAAACUUUCUGAGAAUGAUAAAAUCUCAUGUGCUAGACGAUUUACAGCUACGGAGGUCACAGAGGCUCUAUUUGAAAUGCACCCCACCAAGGCACCGGGUCCGGAUGGUCUACCUGCCUUGUUCUUCCAAAAAUUCUGGCCCACUGUUGGAAAUGACGUGAUCCGCUUCGUGCUGGCAAUUCUCAAUGAAAAUGGGGAUCCUACUGCCAUUAACAAUACAUUUAUCUCCCUCAUACCUAAAAGGAAAAAUCCAUCCAACCCUGGAGACUUUCGCCCGAUUAGCCUAUGCAAUGUGAUCAUGAAGAUUGUCACCAAAGCAAUUGCUAACAGGAUGAAGCCUUUUCUUCCGGAGAUCAUUAGCGAGGAGCAAAGUGCAUUUAUAAAGGGAAGGCUUAUAACGGACAACGCGUUAAUAGCGAUGGAGUGCUUUCAUUGGAUGAAACAUAAAACAAAAGGGAAAAAAGGAACUAUGGCGUUGAAGCUUGAUAUGUCUAAAGCUUAUGAUAGAUUAGAGUGGAGAUUUGUGGUGGAAGCCUUGAGUAGAAUGGAGUUCCCCCCAUCCAUUAUCUCUCUCAUUCACAAAUGCAUUUCAACAGUCUCGUACCAAUUGCUAAUCAAUGGUCAGCCGAGCAAACGGUUCAUCCCAGCUAGGGGCCUCCGUCAAGGAGACCCACUCUCACCUUAUUUGUUUGUUAUCUGUGCAGAUGUACUUUCUAGUAUGCUUAAAAAUGAAGCUGAGGCGAGGAAGAUACAUGGAAUCAAAGUAGCCAGGAACUCCCCAACCAUCUCUCAUCUCUUUUUUGCAGAUGACAGCUUGUUGUUCGCCAGAGCAAAUGAAGAGGAGGCAGCUCGUAUUCAACAGGUCCUCGAGUCUUACCAAAAAGCCUCGGGUCAGAGCAUUAACGCUGAUAAAUCCGAAGUUUCUUUUAGUAGAAACACUGGAGAAGAAGCUAGAGAAAGGAUCAAAGAUAAGCUGGGAUUUAAAGGAGUUAACAGUCACUCCAAUUAUUUAGGGCUUCCGGUGGUUUUAGGGAGAUCUAAAAAAGAGGUUUUUCGAAUGGUGGUUGACCGGGUUUGGAAGAAAGUAAAAGGUUGGAAAGAAAAGUUUCUCUCAAGGGCCGGCAAAGAAAUCCUGAUCAAGGCUGUAGCACAGGCUAUACCGACGUAUAUUAUGAGUUGUUACCGCCUAACUGAUAGUGUCUGCACCGAAAUUGAAGCAAUGCUUGCCAAGUUUUGGUGGGGCUCUAAAGAAGGGGAGCGGAAAAUACAUUGGCUGAAAUGGGACAAAUUGACAGUGUCUAAAAGGGAAGGUGGACUCGGCUUCAGAGGUAUCCAAGACUUCAACACUAGUCUCCUUGGAAAACAGUUCUGGAGGCUUCUACAGGCGGAUGGUUCUCUUCUGCAGCGUUUCUUCAAAGGUCGUUAUUAUCCCCGUUGUUCUAUUACAGAUGCGAGCACUGGAUUCAAACCAAGCUAUGCCUGGCGCAGUAUUAUGAGCUCUAAGGAUCUGGUCAUGAAAGGUUCUCGUUGGCGGAUUGGAAACGGAGAGAAUGUCAGUAUCUUUGGGGAUAGGUGGAUUCCGACACGACCUGACUUCAAACCUUCUGCUAGAGCCCGUGUCCUAAACGAAACAAGCAAAGUCAGCUCUCUAAUAGAAUCCAAUAGUGCUUCUUGGAAUAUGGAUGUUCUUCGUGAAAACUUCUGCGAGGAGGAUGUUAGACACAUAAGCAGUAUAUCUCUUUCUCACCAACUCCCUGCUGACAGCCUUAUCUGGCACUAUGAAAUUGAUGGAGCCUAUUCAGUGAAGACAGCCUACCAUAUUCAAAGAACAUUGAGCCAUCAAAAUGACCCUGAAUCUUCAUCAACACACAAUCUCUUUUUCUGGAAACAACUUUGGAAACUUCAAGUGAAUCCAAGGAUAAAAAAUUUCUUGUGGAGGCUUUUCAAAGAUAUUCUGCCCACAAAAUUGAACCUGCUAAAGAAAGGUAUACCAUCUGAUGGAAUCUGUCCUCUGUGUAAUUCUGACCAAGAGAGCUCUCUUCAUCUGUUCCUCUAUUGUGAUUUUGCUAGAAGAACGCUCUUUGCUGGCCCACUGGGAAUUCGUACUCCGGGAGCGGGAGACAUUGCAGACUGGCUCAGUGCUAUUUAUAAGAGCAAGGACAUGGUGAUGGGGCAAGUGAUUGCCAUAUUCUUGUGGAAAAUUUGGCAAGUCCGUAACGGUGUGGUCUUUCGUAAUCUGAAACCAUGUCCAGGUGCGGUGGCCAUGGACAUUUGGAAUUCUAUCCCUGAGGAAUCAGUGGGAUGCUUGAGUUCAAGGAUGAGCAGGCAACAAGCUGACUCUGCAUUGAGAAGGUAUGAGGGCUGGACCGUUCAAACGGACGCAGGCUGCUUUGAUGAAGGUGUGGUUUCCUUUGGUUGUGUCAUUCGGGAUCCUACAUCCAAUAUUUUCCUUGCUGCUACAAAGAGAAUUAUAAGCAUUACAGACCCGGCUAAUGCUGAAGCGCAGGCUAUUCGAUGGGCUCUGUCAGUGGCAAAGGAGUUGGGACUCAAGGAUUUCGUUCUCCAGUCGGAUGCUAUGACAGUAGUGGACUGCAUUAACGGCGUUGUCACCAAUGCAGAACUGAAUCCUAUUAUUCUUGAUUGCAAACUUUUAAUGUCUAGCUUUAAUAGUGUGUCUGUUAUGUUUAUCAGUAGGUGUGUCAACACUGAUGCACAUCAAUUAGUUAGUAUUGGCAAACACUCUGGAACUAGGACUUGGACGGGUUUUAUCCCCAGUACUGAUCCUUCUGUGAGCUGGCAUGGAAAAAUGAAAACCAUUCUAGGUAUUGGAAGUGCAAUAAUGGUAGCAUUGCUGAUGUGCGUCAUAUUUUGUUGUAUUAGAGGUAAACCAUCAAUACAACAAGUAAAUUUCCGGUAUAAAACAAAAAAUGAUAAAAAUAUCGAAGCAUUUUUCAAAGAAAAUGGAGCUCUAACGCAAAAGAAGUAUAAAUUUUCUGAAAUAAAGAAAAUGACAAAUUCAUUCGAAAUUAAACUUGGUCAAGGGGGUUUUGGGGUUGUGUAUAAAGGAAAGUUAUUCAAUGGUUGUCUUGUGGCGGUGAAGAUAUUGAAUGCAUCAAAAAGAAAUGGUGAAGAUUUUAUUAAUGAGAUUGCAAGUAUUACUAGAACCUCACAUGUUAAUAUUGUCACUCUUGUUGGAUUUUGUUUUGAAGGUAGUAAAAAAGCACUUGUAUAUGAAUUUAUGUCUAAUGGUUCUCUAGACAAAUUUAUUUAUAAUAAGGGACCUGAAACUAUUAUAUCUGUAAGUUGGGAUAAUUUGUAUCAAAUUGCGAAAGGAAUAGCUCGUGGGCUAGAGUAUUUGCAUAGAGGAUGCACCACUCGAAUUUUACAUUUUGACAUUAAACCACAUAAUAUUCUUUUGGAUGAGAACUUUAGUCCAAAGAUUUCUGAUUUUGGACUUGCAAAGCUCUGCCCUAAAAAAGAGAGCAUUAUCUCGAUGUCGGAUCAAAGAGGGACGAUGGGAUAUGUAACUCCGGAAGUGUGGAAUAAACAUUUUGGAGGAGUUUCACAUAAGUCUGAUGUUUAUAAUUAUGGAAUGAUGUUGUUAGAAAUGGUGGGUGGGAGGAAAAACAUUAAUGCUGAAGCAAGUCACACAAGUGAGAUAUAUUUUCCUCGUUGGGUAUUCAAUAAACUUGAGUUUGGUAGUGAUUUGAGACCUGGUGUAGUAAUGGAUACAGAAGAAGAUGAGAUUGCAAGGAAAAUGACCAUUGUGGGUUUAUGGUGUAUUCAAAUAUUUCCUAAUGAUAGGCCUACUAUGAGUAAAGUGGUUGAAAUGUUAGAAGUUAGCACAAGUUCUUUAGAAAUACCACCAAUGCCAUUACUUUCCUCUCCUAUUAGACCAGUAUCAGAGUCUUGAAUGUUUCUAAUUUAAGGGCAUGUAUAAUUAUAUUUUACUUUUUAAUUGGAGUAGUGAUCAUCUCAACCUUGUUAAUCAUCUUGUAAAGUAAAGUGGAUCUCAAUGUCUCAAAUUAUUUUUAUAUUGAAUGCAUAAUAUUCAUGAGCAAUUGAUCAUGUAAACUCUAUUAUCAUUUUAUAAUUAUUUCUUUUAGAAGUUGGUGAUAAUCACCUGCUAGUAAGUGGUGAUCGAGGCCUAUCCUUAACACUUAUUAUGAAGAAAAAAAAUAGGUAUGUUAGUUUUUUCUAUAGCAAGCUGAUAUACAAAUUAAGAUCUAUCUAACACACAAACACAAUAAUUAUAUUAUAAUUAUGUUUAAAUAAGUAUUUCUACUAACUCUGAUUGCUGUCUUUUUUAAAUACAUAAAAUUUUAUGUCAAAAAUAAAAAUGUAACGAGUUAAAUUUAAAUGUUAUAACUCUGCAGUGGUGAUUUUGUUGCUAUGGCUUGUUACUGGUGAAAUAAUUUGCGGCAGUCAGGAGAUUUGUGGAGGAAUAGCUGUAUGUUCUUUAGGUGUUU